AUGCAGGCGCCCACGCCUUCCAAGGCGCUGUACAUCGUGGCGAAGGAGGCAAAGGGUCUCAAAAACGUUCAGAUGAUCGGCCGACAGGACCCUUACUUGAAGCUGUGGGUCGGGCGGGCCGGCACGAAAGUGAAGACUAAGGUGCACGAGGACGGGGGAAAGGUCGCCACGUGGAACGAAACCUUCGUGUUCGACCUCCAGAACGUAGACGCGGAGGAGUGCUUUCACUUCGAGGCGAAGAACAAGAACGUCACGGACAGCAAGACCAUCGGCAUGGGAAAAUUUCCUCUUAAGCACUUCGGACCCGUGGCGCAGGCGACUUGGCACAAGAUCUACAACAUCAAAGGGAAGCCCGCGGGGGAGGUGCUUCUGGAAGGGAGGAUGGACGACCGGCACGGGAUGUCAACCCAUGGAGCACCGAUGGUGGGCUCGACACCCGGCCUUGGUCAGCCGUCGGCCUCCCCGAUCCCCCCGCAAUCGUCCAUGCACUACCCCCAACACCCGUCCGCGGGGGGGUACCCACAGUCGACGGGGUACGGCGGCGGGGCCCCUCAGCCAUCGUUGUCGACCUCGGCCUACGGCGCCUCCCGUUCGCCAUCGGGAUACGGCGGCGUUGCCCCCCAACAAUCGCUGUCGACUUCUAUGUACGGGACCCCCCGUUCGGGGUCGGUUUACGGGGGCUCUCGGCCGCCAUCGUCUUCGUACGGCCCCCCCCAACCCGGAGCAUCAUACGGCGGCCCUCAAGCACCAUCAGCGGCGGGGUGGUACAGCAAUCCUCAAGCGCCGCCAUCGGCGUACGGCGGCGCUCCUCAGGCACCGUCAUCGGCGUACGGCGGCUCUCGAGUCGCUGCUGCGCCGGCGCCGUCGCCGGCGGGGUACGGAGCCGCUCAACCGCCGGCUUCGGGGACGACUUACGGCGGUGGCUUGGGUGCCGCAGCCGGUGCGCCGCAGCGAAACCCGAACGCCGUGUACUACGGCCCUGCCGCCGGCAGCGGCAGCGGCGGCGGCGGUGGGGCGGGAUUUAGCGGCGGGAGCUAUCGAGCCGGGGCGCCGCCGACACCGGCCAUGUCGCUCAAGUGGGGUACCCCGGCGGCGGCUCCGGCGGCGGCGCAAUACUCGACGUUUGGGGGUCCCGAAGCGGCGCAAUCUUCUGCCAGCACGGCCGCACCCUACCAUGCGCCUUCGGCCCCGUCUGCACCGCCGGCGACGACCCCAGCACCGGCAGCGGGGUACUCGAACGGCAGCAGUCCCUACAGCAACGGCGGCGGCAGUGGUCCCUACGGUAACGGCAGCAAUCCGUACGCCAGCGGCAGCGGCGGGGGUGGUGGAGGUGCUCGUCCCCUUCCUCUCCCUCCAGGCUGGGAAGAGAAGGUCGCAAGCGACGGACGGACGUUUUUCGUGGACCACAAGAAGGUACCGGCCGCUCUCUGGAGCGCUUUCUUCGCUGUCUUCCACGUGUUUUGGGUGCCGUAAGCGUGGGCGAACGAACAACCGCGAUGAGCAAGGAAGGGCUUUCCUCCCGCAGAAGGGCGAGGCUGUAGUUUGACGUUUAUUUCAGAUAUUGCGGAGAGAGAUGGCGUCGUAAAGUAAUGGGAACGUGACAACAUUGGUUGGCCGGUUGUUUUUCUGGCUACACAGAAGUAAGCAGUGUUGGUGUAUUUAUAUUUGCUUGCCUUACCACGUUUAGUUUCUGUGUCGCGUGUCAUGUUGAGUAUGGAUGGAUGCCAUCGAGAGGUAGUAGUCGUGCCCACUCUUUCGUGCGGUUUUGGUGUUGGAAGAACUACAGCUGACCCCUUGUUUAUCAUUACUAUUUAUUAUUGAUGGUCCUUUUUUGGUCACCCGUCGGUUGGAAGGUUUUUUAUUGUAGAGGAGGGGAGAGAUUUGUAGCAUCAUCAGUCAGUCAGUGUAUCAUACAAUGAAUGGUAGUACUCGCGCUUGCUCGCGCCCCCAAUGUUAAUUGUUUGGUUUCCUUAUUCGUUGUCUAGUCUUCUUGGCAGCAAGAUUGCCCAGAUAAAAGGGCCACAAUAUUUCUGUCUGGAGGGACAGGCU